UACAAUAUCCAAUAUCGUAUAUCAAAUAUCGAUCUGUCAAACGAGUGAACUUGAACAUACAAAGACACUUAGAAAGCCCCCCUCCCGUAAAGUUCUAUGUGGAUCUGGAGGAAUCCAAGCAACACGGAAUUUGGAAACCGAUAGAAAAAGGGAUCCCUAAAACGAACGAACGUUAAGUAAAGUCUCGAGAUCGUGAGAUUUUAUCGAGAUAAAGUGCCAAAGUACUUGGGAACGUGCCAGAACCUGCCCAUCGGCCAACCUGCCAAAAAAACAUGCUGAUAAGUUCCCGCAGUUCCCGCAGCAAGAUGUUGAUGAUGCAGAUGAUGGAUGGCCAUGUAACCGCAGCGAUCCGAGCAACAUGGAUGUGUACCAAAUAGAGCUGGAGGCACAGGCACAGGCACAAAUCCGCUCCAAUCUGUUGGUUGAAACUUGUGUGAAGCACGCAGUCGGGCAGCCGCAGCCGCAGAAGGAGCUGGGAGAUAGCCACAUCAAGGACUUUGACGACGACCAGGAAGAGCAGGAAGACCAGGACGACGAGGAAGAGGAGGAGGAGGAGGAGGUAGAGGAAGGGAACGACGACAACGCAGAAGAGGAAGACGAGGACGAGGACGAAGACGAAGAAAGGCCACUCCUGCCAGAAGUCAAUUUCGAUGCAAAUUCCGAUUUCAAUUUGCAUUUCUUUGACACGCCCGAGGACUCCUCGACACAAGGUGCCUACAGCGAGGCCGCCAGCCUAGACUCCGAGCAGGACCACGACCACGACCAGGACCGAGAGGACGACCAACCACAGCAGCAGCAGCGGCAGCUGCAGGAUUGCCUAAGUGCCAUCGAGGCGGCGGAUGCGGAUCCCCUGCAGCUGCUGCAGUGCGACGACUACUACGGCCCGUCCGCUGCAAGCGAGGGUGUGGCAGCGCCAGUCAUAGCCACAUCUGCCACUGCACCGCAUCCCCAUCCACACCAUUCCCACAGUCACAAUCAGAGCCCGCAUCAGCAUCCACACCACAACUCAAACACAAAUCCGAGCGCACACCAACAGCAGCAACAGCAGCAACAGCAGCAACAGCAGCAGCAGCAGCUGAAUUGCACCUUGAGCAAUGGUAGAGGUGCUCUGUACACCAUCAGCAGUGUGCAUCAGUUCGGUCCGGCCAGCAGCAGCAGCGGCCACCACCAUAGCUCCUCCCCCUCAUCGAGUGGGGCCCACGCCUCGCCGGACAGCGGCUGCUCUUCGGCCAGCUCCACCUCCUCCCACGCCGUUUCGUCAUCAUCGUCAUCAAGCUGCUCGGAGCAUUUUGGCCGCUCAUCCGCAGUUGUUGCCGCAGCAGCAGCAGCAGCCGCAGCCGCCGCAGCAGUCGCAUCCACAUCCACGUCGCUUGUCAAUGUCAGCGGGAAUGCUCAUACAUCCUCGUCAGCGGUCAGCUCCAGCUCCAGCUCUAGCUCCAGCAACAACUGCAGUCCCAGCUCCGUCUCCAUCUCCAUCUCAGGUGGCGGUUCCAGCUCCAGCGCAGCAACAUCUUCAUCUGUUGCGCAUCUAAACAAAGGCCAUUCAGAGCCACAGCAGCAGCAGCAGCAGCCACAGACAACGCAGCUACAGCAGCCGCACUCACAUCAGCAGCAACAGUUGCAACAGCACCCCCAGCAGCAGCAGCAGCAGCAGCAGCAACAGCAAUCUUUUGGCAUAGCCGACUCCAGCAACAACAACAACAACAGUGGCAGUAGCAGCAGCAGCAGCAGCAACAACAACAGCAACGGCGUCUCCUCGAAAUCGUUUGUGCCCUGCAAAGUGUGCGGUGACAAGGCCUCCGGCUACCACUAUGGUGUAACCUCCUGCGAGGGUUGCAAGGGCUUCUUUCGGCGCAGCAUCCAGAAGCAGAUCGAGUACCGCUGCCUAAGGGACGGCAAGUGUCUGGUCAUCCGCCUGAACCGCAAUCGCUGCCAGUAUUGCCGCUUCAAGAAAUGCCUCUCCGCUGGCAUGAGCCGCGACUCUGUACGUUAUGGUCGCGUUCCCAAGCGAUCCCGUGAGCUGAACGGCACUGGGUCCACAGCAGGAGGUUCUGGAGCCACCUCUACAUCUGCCUGCCCCUUGUUGGCCGGUGCGCCUCUAAAUGUGGAUGAUUCCACCGCCAAUAAUUUGCAUACAAAUCAACUGCAGCAACAGCAACAAAUACAGCAAUUACAGCAGCAGCAGCAGCCGCCGCCGCCGCACGUGAACAGCGUCCGUGUGAAGACACCGAGUACACCACAAACGCCACAAAUGUGUUCGAUUGCCUCCUCGCCAUCGGAGCUGGGCGGUUGCAAUAGUGCCACCAACAACAAUAACAACAACAACGGCAGCAAUGCCAGUGGGGGUAGCGGCGUGGGCGUUGUAGUUGUGGGCGGACACGGACACCAGCAAAUGGUGGGCGUGGGCAACGGCAUGGGUGUUGGUUCCCACAGCGAGGUCGGUGGCCAUCAGGUGACCAUGUGCCACGACGGCAUGGCCGGCACGGCCAACGAGCUAACCGUCUACGAUGUGAUCGUGUGCGUCUCGCAGGCGCAUCGCCUCAACUGCUCCUACACGGAGGAGUUGACGCGGGAACUGAUGCGACGUCCAGUGACGGUGCCACAGAAUGGCAUUGCCACCACAGUAGCGGAGAGCCUGGAGUUUCAGAAGAUCUGGCUCUGGCAGCAAUUCUCGGCCAGGGUGACGCCCGGCGUCCAGCGGAUUGUGGAGUUUGCGAAACGCGUACCUGGCUUCUGUGAUUUCACCCAAGAUGACCAGCUGAUCCUGAUCAAACUGGGCUUCUUCGAGGUGUGGCUCACCCAUGUGGCGCGUCUCAUCAAUGACACGACGCUGACGCUGGACGAUGGCGCCUAUCUGACACGCCAACAGCUGGAGAUACUCUAUGAUACCGACUUUGUCAAUGCCUUGCUGAACUUUGCCAAUACGCUGAACGCCUACGGGCUGAGCGACACCGAGAUCGGCCUCUUCUCGGCCAUGGUGCUGCUGGCCUCGGACCGGACCGGACUCAGUGAGCCGAAGGUGAUUGCCCGGGCUCGGGAGCUGGUGGCCGAGGCGCUACGGGUACAGAUCCUGCGCUCCCGGGCCGGAUCCCCGCAGGCGCUGCAACUGAUGCCCGCCCUGGAGGCUAAGAUACCCGAACUGCGCUCGCUGGGAGCCAAGCACUUCUCACACCUAGACUGGCUGCGGAUGAACUGGACCAAGCUGCGACUGCCGCCCCUCUUUGCGGAGAUCUUCGACAUACCCAAGGCCGACGACGAGCUGUAGGAAGAUUCCCGGAGACGCCCAGGGCCGUGCAAAGCAACCGCAACAAAUAUUCUACAACUUGUAGGCUUAAGAACUUAGCGUUAACAGAGCAUAGACGAAGAGGAUACGAAGAGGUAGCAUCAACAUUAACUGGAAAAACACGAGUAGUUAACUAAGCUUAAAGGCAUAUUAGCAAUGUUAAAGGCGUUCGCAGCGAUUGAAAUUAGAUGGAAGAUGGACUAGAACUCCCCGCUGAACAUAUCCAUGCGCAAACAUAAAUUAUUUAUUUCAUUGUUAAACCAUAAAACCAUCAUCAAGCUAAGCUCCACUCCGAACAUCACAUCAUCCCAUCCGGCGGCACCCUCCUCGAGCAAUCCCAGACCCCGCUCUAAGCACUGACUGGAGGAUCACCC